CGUAUGCGAGUAAUGUCUUAUCCUGCUUUCGGUUUCAUAUUGAUUCUAUGCCACGUUGUUUGGGACGGGUCUCUACCUGUGCGUGGUUAUUACAAAAUACUCAUGAUCAGUGCAGAUUUACAUCGGAAGGACUACUGAAAAACGUAUUUAUUAACAGUAUAUGGAACAGUACGAGAUAUACACGCACAACGCUGUGGCAGAAAUAUCAAGGAAGUAUAUGUGUGUACAAGUUACGGUGGGAUUAUAGCCCUGUUGCAUUCGAAUAUUGGGAACAAUGGAAGAGUCUUCCGUGAUCAAGACAACACGUAUCCUCCCCUCAAUCACCGGAGGAGCUCUGAUGCUGUAUUUUAAGAAAUGGCGUAAAAGUGAGGGAUUGGAAGUAACUAGAGUCGACAUGAACAGGAAUGAGGAAACAGCCUUGGUACAUUUCAAAGGACCAAAGUUGAAGCCUGAGCUGUUGCAAAAAUCUCACAAGAUUGGAGGGGUGACAUUUUAUACGUCCCUCUGCACCGAAUGGCUGAAGGUACCACCCCCAUUCUCCCUCCAAGACCUAGAUCCACAGAAGAUACGUUUCAUCAAAGAUUCCGUACGGAAUCUGUUGGAUCUUGAGAGGCAGUUGCAGGAUAUUUAUACGACGGUCGAAUUUGGAGCUGAAAAUUCUGUUAUCCUGAAAUGUUGCCUUACCAAAGAUGUUCCUGAUGCAAAGCAUAGAGCUGAUUCAUGGGAAGUUGAUGUUAGAAGGCAGUGUCAACAAUUUUUUAGUUCACUUGUCAAUGAACAAAUAUUUGUACCCCUUGAAAUUCGGAGCAACGUAAUUACAGCCAUUGGCGACCUACAAAUUCCCAACCCGGAUGAAGCAGUUGUACACUCUUAUCCUGAGACAGGUCUUAUAGUUGUGGUUGGCCACAAGGUCAUCACAGAAAAGUUGAUGGAAGAGCUGAAAGAUAUUAUUCAAAAAGCACAGAACGCUCAUAGGUAUAGAACAGAGCAAACCACUCAGACGAAAACAGUAAAGUUGUGGCAGUUGCGUUUACUGAAAAAAGUGAAUUUUGACAGCGACAUGUCCAGGAAAUAUCAAAAUCUGAAAAUUGUGUUUGAUUUAAACAAGAAGAUAACAUUUUCCGGGGUUUUGUGUGACGUGGAAUCUGCAUGUAAAGAUCUGCGGAAUACGAUGCACAUUUUCAGAAAAGAACCUUUACCUAAUCUUUCUCAGGUACAGCUGAUGCUUGUUCAAAAGAGAUGCGUUGAACAGUACAUUGAGAAGAAACUGGAAAAUAUCAACGGAAUGUUUGAGACAAGAAACAGCGAGGUCAGAGUAUACAGUACGUCACAGACUGUAUCGAGAUAUAUAUCUGAUGUAUUUACACAGAGUCUCGUGGAGCAGGUCAUACGUCUCGACUCUGAAGCUACCCAAUUGGUAGAAUCUCCGGAAUGGAAAAAGAUAUGUGGUGAUCUGACUAGGACAGUGGGGGACGUUUUUGAGAUCGUCGUAGCGGAAGACAAGUCUCGUAUUGUAAUAGCUGCCACGGACGCUGUUAUUGAAGACGUGACAAAAAAGAUGGAAAGGAUCAUCAAAAACAAAACUGUGUAUGAAGACACUGUCAAUUUCCCCAUAGGAAUCCAUCGUUUCCUCACAGAGUAUAUGGGUAGUGAAAUAGACAAAGUUGCUAGAUCCCUUCAAGGGUAUUCUGUAGAAGUUCAUAAAGAUUCUGAACACUUUUCAUUGAAGGGAACUAAAGAUGGAUUGAAAAUUGUGAAGGAAAAACUAAUAACUUUUUCCACGUCGAUAGUGUCCGAUACAACCACGUUCAAUAGUCCAGGAAUUAUCAAAUUAAUUUUGUCGGAGAAAGGACGUGAACAGAUCCGGCAAAUUGGGGCAAAUGAGAGGUGUGUGAUAGAACCCAGAUCAGAGUACCCUAUGGACAUUUCAGAAACUCUCCCAGAUCAGCAAGGGAACAUGAGGCAUGACCAAUCAGAAAGUUGUGAUGAUGGUAUUCCACUGACAAUGUCUUCUUCUGAAACUGGAGAUCAAAACUUGAGCCACUGCAGAGGAUUCACUGCAGAUGCAUUGGACGAAGGACGUUCUCCACGGGACUAUUCACCGCCCGAGGUUGGUGUUGAGUCGAGUGCACCCAUUGAAAUAGUCAUCAUAGAGGAAGAUAUUACGACGCAACAGACUGACGUCAUAGUGAACAGCGCAUCACCCGAUCUUCAACUUAGGAACGGCUCUCUAUCCAAGUCCAUCCUUUUGGCUGCUGGAGUGGAAAUGCAGCACGAAUGUGAGGACAGGUACCCUACAGGGAUUCCAGCCGGACAAUUUGCCAUCACUGGAGGGGGAAAACUCUGGUGUCAACACGUAUACCACGCUUGUCUCCCAGCAUGGAAGGACGGGACGCAGUGUUGCAGGGUUCUCCAGGAAGUGAUCUCAGAUUGCCUCCAAGAAGCUUCACAGGAAGGACACAAGACCAUUGCUUUUCCAGCUCUCGGUACUGGUAACCUUGGAUACCCAAAUGCUAUGGUUGCCGAAACCAUGAUGGCGACUGUUGAACGGUUUAGCCAAGGCAAUCCAGAUUCAUCUCUGGAGGAAGUGAAGAUCGUCGUAUUUAACGACACUUCAAUAUUUAAGCUACUACAGAUCUUCCAACGUCAGAAAAAGAAGACCGACGACGAAAAGAUGAAGAUUACAGCCGUAAAAAACCGUAAAAACAGGAUCUUUGAUAUUGAUGCUAUGGAAGGAGCUACAGUCGAGGCAACUGAGGAAUUAAGAACACAGCCUGAAACCAAGGUUUUUGUGCAUAUGUUCUCAGAUGACAUCAUGCACGUGGAAACAGCUGUCAGCCUGUUAGAAACGUUUGUUAAUGAAGCAAUUACAACAAAAAAUAUUUCAGAUGACCAGCUGAAAAAUGCGAAUCUACGACAGCAGGAUAAAAUUCGGAAACUAAGUUCAAAGCACUGUAUUUCCGUUGACUACAACCACAUGCUUGGUAAAGUUGAACUACAGGGUCUAACAUCCGACGUGAUGGCAGCCACGGACGCAGUUCACACCAUUGUGAAGGCAAUCCUUCUGCAACAAAAACAGGAUGAGAAGGCAAAACUAAUCUCGUCAUACGCGAGGUGGGGAUACACUGACCUAUCAGGCGCAGGUGCGAUUCAAGAUUAUGAUAUAAUCAUCAACCAAAAGAUUGAAGAUGCUCAUGUGAACGAGAAGCCGACUCUCUGCCUACCAGUCAUCGAUGGCAAGGUGUAUGUUCUUGAUUUGAAGAAAAUGGAGGAAUAUGAUCUGUAUAAUGAUGCAGAUAGAGUUCGUGUCAUCAGAAAAGAUUUAAGCAAAGGUUCAGCAUUCGAUGCACCUUCGCACUGGUGUCCAAUGCACACAGAAAGUGAACAGUUUGAAGUCAACAAAGAAACCACCGAAUAUACCAAAGUAGAAAAGACAUUUAUUGGCAGUGUCGGAAGAGAAAGAUCUAUCCUUAAGAUAGAGCGGGUUCAGACUCAAUCGCUAUGGCGACAAUAUGCAGCAAUGAAGCAGCGGCUAGAAAAACAGAAUCCAGGACACAACAAUGAAAAGGUCCUUUGGCACGGUACAAGCAUGGACGGCGUACCAUUUAUAGCAAAGAAUGGUUUUAAUCGGAGCUACUGUGGAAAAAAUGCGACCGCUUAUGGAAAGGGCGUGUACUUUGCUGUCGAUGCUUCUUACUCUGACAUGGACCAGUAUGCUGUACCAGACGGGCAGGGUCACAAACAAAUGUUCCUGGCCCGGGUCCUCACGGGGAUGUACUGUAAAGGGGCUGAACAAAUGAAAGUUCCACCGACAAGAGAUUCAAAGAAUCAAAUAUUAUAUGACUCUGUGGUGAACAAAGUCGACGAUCCUGGCAUGUUCAUCAUUUUCAAUGACACCCAAGCUUAUCCAGAAUAUCUUAUCACCUAUCGGUGAUACCCAAGACUAUCCAGAAUAUUACCCAUCAGUGAUACACAAGUUUAUCCAGAAUAUCUUGUCACCUAUCAAUGAUGGCCAAACGUAUCUAAUUUAGGGUAUCACUCAUCAGUAGAUUGUCCUUACAUCAGUGCCCUCUUCCAGUUGGGGGCACGUGUGGCCCAGUCGUCUAAAGCGCCGCGAUUCGCUGUGCAGAGUUGCGUCCCUUGGACAUGCCAGAAACCUAUGAUUGUGGAUUCGAAUCCCGGUUCGCCCCGAUUAUGUUUCUAGGUUUGUCAGCACCAUACCCGUGCUCGUGGGUUUCACCAAAGUGGUGAACGUCUGAGACCUGCAUCACUUUGGGCUUUCCUCCCACAUUAAACUGACACGCCGUGAUAUAACUGGAAUACUGUUAAAAGCGGCGUUAAACCCAACUCACUCACUCUUUUCCAGUGGGGCAGGAUACGCUCACCUUUUCGCGAACAACUGGUAUCAUCAUUAUGUGAUAGUGAAUCAUAAAGACAUGGCCCUGACAUAGUUGAAAUCGUACAAUGAACUCUGCUUUGAGGAGUGGAAACGUAUGAUCCAUUCAUUUAGUUUCCUCCACUAGUUUACACUUUGGGCCCAAUGGAAUCUGUUAUUCUGGUUAUUCUCUGUUGUUGAUGUUUUAUAUUCCAUAUUAUGAAACAAAAAGCAUUCCUUCACUGCAGCAUCGUAGGAGCUGUUAUUUUGUUAGUGGUAUUGGUAAAAGAUGUGAAAACCUUACAUGUAAAUUGUGAAGCAAACACGUCUAAGUAACAUAUGUAAGCCGAGUAAGAGUCUAUCUUUUACUCUUACUGCGAAUUGCAUUGGUCUUGAAUUUAUAUACCCCACCCGUCCGUAUGGAUUAGAAUAGGUCCCAAGCACUAAAUUGCUUGUCGUAUGUUGGAUCGGGUGGGCAAGCUUUGUACUUUGGCUCCUUUUGCGUGUCAUCGUGCUCCGAUGGCGUGGAUCAUAUUCAAGCAAUGUUUAUUUGCGUGUCAUCGUGCUCCGAUGGCGUGGAUCACAUUCAAGCAAUGUUUAUUUGCGUGUCAUCGUGCUCCGGUGGCGUGGAUCAUAUUCAAGCAAUGUUUAUUUGCGUGUCAUCGUGCUCCGAUGGCUUGGAUCAUAUUCAAGCAAUGUUUAUUUGCGUGUCAUCGUGCUCCGAUGGCGUGGAUCAUAUUCAAGCAAUGUUUAUUUGCGUGUCAUCGUGCUCCGAUGGCUUGGAUCAUAUUCAAGCAAUGUUUAUUUGCGUGUCAUCGUGCUCCGAUGGCGUGGAUCAUAUUCAAGCAAUGUUUAUUUGCGUGUCAUCGUGCUCCGAUGGCGUGGAUCAUAUUCAAGCAAUGUUUAUUUGCGUGUCAUCGUGCUCCGAUGGCGUGGAUCAUAUUCAAGCAAUGUUUAUUUGCGUGUCAUCGUGCUCCGAUGGCGUGGAUCAUAUUCAAGCAAUGUUUAUUUGCGUGUCAUCGUGCUCCGAUGGCGUUGAUCAUAUUCAAGCAAUGUUUAUUUGCGUGUCAUCGUGCUCCGAUGGCGUGGAUCAUAUUCAAGCAAUGUUUAUUUGCGUGUCAUCGUGCUCCGAUGGCGUUGAUCAUAUUCAAGCAAUGUUUAUUUGCGUGUCAUCGUGCUCCGAUGGCGUGGAUCAUAUUCAAGCAAUGUUUAGAGUAGAUGCUGCAGGGCUAUAGCAUUUGUUGCACAAGAAAUAUGGUCGAUCCGGACCGUGGCUUGAUUCGUUGGUUGAACAGUGGGUGAUGAACAAGAAUCCACUAUAAAUUAACACUCACACAGAUCACCCAUUGUAACCAUCCAGUCACCCUCUAUCGAGACUUAGUCAUUCGGUACUGGAGACUACACGCCAUAUACACAGGCGCUAAAAAUCAACAGUUUUCCUUGCUUUGAACUCCUUUAGUGACUUUCCAUUACUGCCUUCAUCCCUUACUGCAAAUGGUUCUAAUGCCUCCAACAGGUUCUAUCAUAUAAGCUGUUUCAUGUGUGUACCAUGUUUCACUUUAAGCCAGAAGGAAGUUUGUACACUUCAAGCAAAAGGUGCAUGUGCAACAUGACUACAAGGUUUACAAACUGCACGUCGUUUUGCAGGGGCAGGUUUUUUUCAAGAACAACUGGCGUUAAGAAUUACAGUGACUUUUGUAUUGCUUUGCCGCCGCUUAAUAAAGUUUCUUGUAUCUUGUAUCUUCAACUUUCCCUAUACACAAGCCUCUUUAAUGGGGAGAUUGGAAUUGGGAUAAACUGGAGCAAUGUAACCUGCUGAUCGUAAUUCAUUGUAUCCUGAAGUCGUGGAUCGCUGCUCAUUCUAUCAUUCAAUCAACCACUAGUUCACAAGGCGUAGACUCUGUUAUUUACAUAUUUCCUUGAUUAAGAAUGCCUUUGUGAGUUGAUUGGAGUAUGAAUCUUCACAGAGGGAGGGCCAAACUGUAUGAAGGUCGGAGCUUGCGACAACAACUGGCUCUCACUCUAUGAAGGUUCAUACUCAAAUCAACUCACAAAGGCAUUCAAGGAAAUAUGUAAAUAUCAGAGUCUACGUCUUGUGAACCAGUGGUUGAUUGAAUCAUAGUGAAAGGCAAUUCUUAUGAUUCUUAUAUCACUAUUUUACCUCGAAAGAUGUAGAUCUAAAUCCUUACAAAAUUUUAUUCAGUACGUGUUAUUUUACGUUUACACUGUCAGUCAAUGAAGUAUCGCAGAAUAAAGUAGUUCCUCAAAAGGAACAUUGUUCUACAGUGA